AUGGCUACCGCUCUGCGAGUUGGGGCUUCCAACGCGAUUGGAUCUGCUUUUGCUAAUGGUAAAAUGCAAACGUCUGAGGGAAGACUUUGUCCUCGUGCCAGCCAGAAUAUCAAAAUGAUAGAAGAGAUGCCAAAGGCUGGACAUUCAACCCCGGCUCCUACGAGAAGUCCACCGCAAUUGCUGCCCUUGCCGCCGCCUCUCAGUGACCGGAGCACGCGGGAAUGCAAAGGCUGGGCCACCAACCUCAUCGACGACUCACCAACCAAUCAGACACGCGGUGGCUUCUUCACCACGCCUCAAACCAAACCGACCAGAAGCACCUAUGCCGCCCCCACUGGUCCUGAGGGAGAGGAUUCUGGAGCUGGAGGCGAUCCUGAAGGUCUUGGUUACGAGGAGGUCAUGCGGGAUGAGGAGCUCGCGGCAAGCCUCAAGCAACGAGUGGACGAAGAACAACAGCGGGCGGACGGAUAUGGUUAUCUAGUGAUGGACGCGGAAGCCCUACUGGACAUUGUAUUGAGAUCCACGGACCCGGUUGCAGCUUUGGAAGCUUUGUGCAAGCAGUACUUGAUGGUCUUUGUCAGCGCAGCAGCCCUGACCCUGGCUCUGGCUGACAUUCCGGACCGGCGUGAGGUCGCAGAAGCAUUGCAGAAGGUUUUGACGCUGCAAUCGUUCGUACUUUACCCCUUUUACUCCUCUUCAAUAGUCGCAAGCUUCCUUCCGAUGGUCAAGGCCUGAGUCUCAUCCAGUAUCGCUGCAGAUCUCGCAGUUGCUGUACGACUACGCGGCGAGUACGGCCAGCUGGUUAGAUUUUGUGUGAAGUCAAAGGCCUUGAGGCAGGCAAUGGUUUCGGUUUAUGACAUUCCGGAGUACCUGUUUAUAUGAGGACGUUGUGUUUGGCUCGCAAGCUACAAAGCCCCUGAACCUUUCAUUUUAAAUGCUGCUUCUUAUUGCGAUCUUUUGUUACUCCAUUUGCUGCAAAGCAAGCUUAUGACCCU